UUCACAGCCAAUACGAGAUCGAUCGACUAGAGCAGAGGAACAAAUGUUUUGUCUAUUUGAAAAGUUAGCUGUCAUAAACACAAAUGAUUACUAUACCAUUUAGCUCAGUUGAAGUGAUGAUUAGGUUGUGAGUUAGUGAUGGAGAACAUUGACGAGACACCGUUUCGGAUCACCCGUACCGUCCAAGCUCUGGGCUCCGCACUACGGGGAGAGCCUGAAAAUGUUCCCGAUGCCGGUCAGGGUAGCAGUGACAGAAUCUCGAGUGAGCCGGAGAAGCUUUGGUUUAAAGAAAGCAGCGCUAAGAAUCUCCAAAACAGGGAUUUCUUGUCACCCACUACGGUGCUGAAUACGCUUUAUGCAGACGGACAGGUUCCCCCAGCAGUGAUGGGUAGAGUGCUGUCCCUGAAAGGGUGUGGGGUUCUCCCUGUGGCUGGUGGGGAGGUCAUGGGAGAGGGGCUGAGGGUGCGGGUUGACCGGAUUGCCGCGUUUCAGAAGGUCCUGAGUGGAGUGUCGGCGUACCUGAAGCCUCCUAGCCAGAGACAGGGGGGUGUGGUGCUCAACUGCCCGGCCCUUCACCCCAAACCCAAUUUACCCUCCCCGGACACACUCACGCUGGGGCAACUACGCACCGUGCUGCUGACUGACCACUUAGGGGCGCUACUGAGGAGACAGGGGUUUACUGUGUCCUGCUGCCCUGUGCUGCCUGAAGAUAGCAACAUCAUCGUCUUCCUCCGAAUACUUGGCGUCGAUUGGCCGUCAGUGCCGGUCAGCUGGACCAAUGACGAGAGGGAGGAGAAGAUGUUGGAGGCUUUACAGAAUUCCCCGUACAAAGAAAGAGAGGAGACGAGGAAUGGAGGAAGGCGAGAGAGUGAAGGAAAGAAGAUGGAGGGAGAGAAGGAGUGGGGGACGCUCAGGGUGAACUUGAAGAGGGUGUUUCAGGAGGAGCAGCUGCCAGGGUAUGACCCCAGCCUGGGUACCUGUACAGUGCAACGAGACAGUGUGUCUCAUCUGGCCCAACUGGACAGGGCUACUGCAGACUGCACAGUAUCCACAGCAACCGUGGUACAUGUCACUUCCUGUCAGGAUGAGUUCCGUCAGCAGCAGAUAGCGAUGCUAUGGAGAGCCAGCGGUGCAACAGUGACACAGAGGCAUCUAGUUUGUGGACCAGUGAAGACUCCUGGAAGUCACCUCAGUGCGGCCCAGUAUCUCCAACUGAGAAGAGUGCAGAUGAAGGAGGCCUCAGAGAUGAAGUACGGAGAACAAGUCGAAGGCCAGACUUGGGAUGACAUCAUCAAGGUCAUGACCUCAGCCACUGUGAGGUUUGAGCUGCUCUCAACGGUCCAUAUGAGCCCGGUCACCCUGGACGUGCAGAGGGAAGGCAGUGUGUCCACCAAAGGCCCCAGAGGCGGAGUCUUUGUCAUGUACAACUGUGCUCGGCUCCACACCCUCUUUGACAGUUACGAGCGAGGCAUGGAGAAGGGACUUUACCCUGAAAUCCCAGAGGGCUCCCAGUUGGACUUCUCAGCUCUAAAAGAAGAGGGGGAGUGGCUUCUUCUGUUCAAUUACCUCAUUCCAUUCUCUGAGCUUCUCGACCAAUCAGGACAGGCGUUGGAGUGUGAUGGAGGGGCCAGAGUGAACCUGAAGACUGAACAGAUCUGCAAGUUCCUGGUGUCUCUCAGUAAGGAUUUUAGCUCCUAUUACAACAGAGUCCACGUCCUUGGGGAGCCGUUGCCUCACCUCUUCAAUCAGAUGUUCUGUCGGCUGCAGUUGUUGAGAGCACUGAGAGAGCUCUAUCAUCGCGCGUUGGAUACUCUUCACCUUCCUCCCAUCCGGCAGCUAUAGCCAAAAAUACCCCAACUGUAGCCCCGAAUAUAGCCCCAACAUACCCCAACUGUAGCCCCAACAUACCCCAACUGUAGCCCCAACUAUAGCCCCAACUGUAGCCCCAACAUGCCCCAACAUGCCCCGAAUAUAGCCCCAACUGUAGCCCCGAAUAUAGCCCCAACUGUAGCCCCGAAUAUAGCCCCAACUGUAGCCCCGAAUAUAGCCCCAACAUACCCCGAAUAUAGCCCCAACAUGCCCCGAAUAUAGCCCCAACAUACCCCAACUGUAGCCCCGAAUAUAGCCCCAACAUGCCCCAAAUAUAGCCCCAACGGUAGCCCCGAAUAUAGCCCCAACAUACCCCAACUGUAGCCCCAAUAUAGCCCCAACUGUAGCCCCGAAUAUAGC